AUGCGGUUGCCUGACUUCAUCAAGGCUCACCAGAAGCUGGAUAAGCGUGAAAUGAAAGCGGAAGGCGUUGACGCGGAUGGCAACGCCGUCUCCUUCAAAUUCACCCUGCACGAACGCCAACUGCCAGGCCAUGAGACUGCGGGUGACGUAACCGCUUGCCUUGAGCUUUCGCUCAAGUUAAUCCGCGCCGUGGACGAGGAGCUGGAGUGGCGCAUGCGCGACCUCAACCUUCUAGAAGGCGCCAAGCUGUUUCGGACUGCGUCGUAUGUGUCCGAUGACACCAAGCGGCUGGAGGCCUUCAGGAAGUGGCUUGGCCAGCUCCACAAGCUGUACAACUACAAGCUCCCUGUGCGCUUGUGGUUAGAGUGUUCCUCAUCACCCGGCCCUGUAUUGUUGGACUAA